AUGGCAAAGAACGACACAUAUCUUGUCCCCACCCUGGCAACAUAUGACGCAUUAGCAAAGGAGGGCAUCCAAAACGGUCUUUCCAAGGAAAUGAUCGCGAAAGUAGACUCCGUUCUCGAGUCUGGAAAGCGAGCUAUUUCCAUUGCUCAAGAAGCGGGGAUCAAAAUCUGCUACGGUUCUGAUCUGCUAGCCGAAAUGAGACGCCAUCAGUUGACGGGGCUCGGCCUUCUAGAAGAGAGCGGGAUGUCUCCAUUGCAAGUUCUUCAAUCUGCUACUAUCAACGCCGCUCAAUUGCUAGAACUCGACACGGAGAUUGGAUCCGUCGAGGAGGGGAAGGUUGCUGACUUGCUCGUGUUGAAGGAAAACCCACUAGAUUCAAUUGCCGAGGUUUUCGACAACUGGCAAGACACAUAUCGGGCCGUCUUCAAAGCUGGUCAAAGAGUCACAGUCGACGGAUGA